GGACAUAGCCGUGAGAAAGUCAGUUGCUCUAAAGAGGCGCGUGUGGAUUUUACCCGCGAAGACACGCUCAAGCUGCCUACGAGAAGCGCGAGUCUGUAAGGAUUUGGCGCGCUCAAGCACUCCAUACGCACGGUGGGAGUUUGGUGGUAGCCGAGGAGUUGGAUCAGAGCAAUGCCAGCCAUGCCAUCAGUCACAAACGCACCAUGUCACAGGAAACGCUGGCAGGUGCUUGUAUGGGUUGUGAUGUCUCUACUGCCCCUAGUGGCAGGAGGCAGGUCGCGUUUUCAAGCAGAAUCCGAAGCUGCGGUGGGAUUUGCUGGUGCUGGGGUGGAGGAGCCGCCUUUAGAGGCUUUUCCAAACAUUGAGGAAGAGCUUGAGGAGGGCAGUGACUCCCCGUGGUACGGCCUGUUUGAGCCAUCUGUUCUCGUCGAGGACGACCAGCAGCCAGCACGAUGGGAACGCUCCCCCCGCUCACCGGAUACCUCUGAUAUACAGACCAAAGGUGCGCGCAAGAAAAAGAAGAAAAAAGAGAAGGAGGAAAAGAAAAAGAAGAACAGCAGGGGACGGCAUAGCAGUCGGGACUGUCGCGUGGAGAAACGUGAGAUGCGCGUUCGGGACCUGGGCAUGGGCUUCGACUCAGACGAGAUUGUCCUCUUCAAGUUCUGCGUCGGCUCCUGCCAGAGGUCUCGUGGGAACUACGACUUGGCUCUGCGCGCUCUGCUGGCCAACGGUAGUCUGCCCAAGCGCACCGCCAGGAAGGUUAGCGCACACCCUUGCUGCCGCCCCACGGGCUAUGAACCGGUCUCCUUCAUGGAUGCUACGACAACCUGGAGAACCAUCAAGUCCCUCUCCGCCGCAGACUGUGAGUGCGUGGGAUGAGGCGAGCUGAAAGAGGGGAGGGGGAGCGUGACCUGAAGAAAUGGUGCAGUGGUCAAAGAGUGGAAAGGAGGAUUCGGGAAGCCUCCUGGGCCAUGGCUACAGAAUGAGGUCGGACGGGUUGGCCGUGGUGAAACACUGUGAGGAAAUUUGGUUUGGCUGUGAGCGAUUCAGAACAACAGCCUGUGCUUGACAGCCCAAACCUCGACAGAAAAGCUUGAAUGGCGUUAGAAUAUAAUUCUACCAUUUCGGAAACGACAAGAGACUCUUUGGACUCAACGUGGAGAGAGUUUGCAGAUGGAAGAACUGCAACUUUGGACUGUCCAUCUGAAUGGCUAAAUAAACAAAAACUACAUGUUAUAACUCGACGAGCAUUUGCUUACUAGGAGUUUCAUCAGACUUGGAUACAGCACGAAACCCUGUUUCAUUUGUCAGACUUUGUUGAUCCUGGAUGUCAGUGCCCAUUUUCCUGGCCUUCAAUCUGGCAUGUAAUAUUUCAGCCAGAUUAGCAACGUUUGGAUUGUUCAUUAUUAACAGCACAUUAAUUGUGUAAUUACAAUGUAAUUGCACAAACAUAUGUGGAGUAUUAUUAAAAGUUGAGCCCAUAGAAAACACACAGGCCAGUUAGUAUUACCCUUUCAGCUGGAAGCACUGAAGGUUGAUUGUAUUUGCAGUAGGAUUUUCAUUUCUCAGGAUUUUUACAGGACUGAUAUGAACCAUUUUUCUAUCUUACAUUUUUAAUCCUUUUUAAUACUAUAAAUAAAGUAAGAGGUAUUAAAAGGGGCCAUGUUCAAUGAGGCCAGGUUUUUAUAUAGAAAGUUGAUGAAAGAUAAACAUAAAGUGAAUAAAACCUAAAAAUACAAAUGAAUAUUUGAUGCUUAACCAAUAGGGACUGUCUAGUCCAAUAGUACAAUGCAAUAGUUUUAUUUAUUUAUGGUGGUACAUCAAAUAUUAAUAUACAAAUUACAUAUGAUAUAAAAUUAUUAUCCUUAAGAUACAUUAGGUAAACAUGAUGUAGGUCUAAAUUGUCGAACUAUGUGAAAAGAUUCAUUCAGCUAUAUACCAGGCUAAGUCUUUUCUUGAUACAUCUUGCUUGACAUAUUUAGCAUUUAUAUGUUCAUUUAGUAAUAAAAUGACUUUGAUUGCACCAUAGUUAUUUGGCCUUACAGGGUUUUCCCUGUUCUAGUUAUCAACAAAAAGAAAUUAGCAUAGUGUGAUGUCUACCAGACUGUGCUUUAGCAGGCUCAUUAGCGUUCUCUUUUAUCAACACAGAUGAUGACCACAAUGCAUUUGUCAUUGUUUAUCUUUUUGUUACCAAAUGGAUGCCAUGCAUCCCUUAACAUUUACUGUACACCUAACAGAUAUCAUAUUUAUUUUUUCAUUUAAGUUAUUUAUUUAUUACUAUGUCUACACAUGUGUCUUGUGGAUGUUUAUAUUUAUUGUUUAUACCUUGGCCUGUGUUCUUCAAUCCCUGUCAUCUCGCAAUGAACCAGCACGGAUAACAACAAGGCUUUGAAAAAGGUCAGCUGCAAAAUAUCAUGGUUGCGGAAAAACUGAGCUAUUUUCACGGAGUAGGAAGAUAACUUUGUCAUGAUCUUUGUCUGAUGAGGGAUUUCAUUGGGUGCUUUUUUGUGUCCUCCAAGGGUUAUAAAACUCUCAGAGCACUUACCGGGAAGUCCCAGAUUCAAUUUAUGAAAAGGAAAUUAAAAUAGUUUUCUUCCAAAACACUAAGGAUAAGGGGGAGAAGGAUUGUUUUCCGACGAGUCCAUCUGUCUGCCCAAUCUGCUGACCUUGAUGUUGUCUUGAUGUUGUAUUCAGUUUCAAUAUUAAAAGCUGCUCCAAAAAGACAUUUAAAAAUAAUGUUUUAAAAAGCUGAUAACAAUAAAUGGCUUUGCUUCAGUAUUUUACAUGUUUUAUUUAUCAGUUAUAAUUGUUGUUGUUGUUGUUGGCAAAGUUACUCUUUAUUUUUGUACUUCAUAUUUUCUGUAUAGGAAUAAAGCUGUUUAUACAUAAUGUGAA